AUGGAUGCAAUCCCCAUGAUUGCGAAUUACCAAAUGCAGUUUCAAAUCUUCGGUGUAGAUCAGUUUGCAUCCAUUACCAAGCAGCAAGGCGGUAUCGUUGAAAAAGUUUGUGGAUUUGCCAAAAAACUCAAAUCGUCGUUUGCUUCUCCCUCGCUCGGAGAGCUAAAAAAUAAUCCUGCUUCCGUGCGCUGUUUCGUGGACGGUGGAAACCUUCGGGUACCACCAGAGAGUGAUGAACGAAAUGAAUAUAAAAUAUGGGUAUACUACCAGAACGUUCGUGGUUUAAGGACCAAAAUCGACGAGCUUUUCCUGGCAGUGUGUGACUGCAACUAUGAUAUCAUCAUUCUUACCGAGACCGGGCUCGACGAUCGGAUCAAUUCCCAACAGUUAUUUGGAAAUGCAUUCAACGUUUUCCGCUGCGACCGCAGCUUAGCAAACAGUGUCAAAUCAAAAUUUGGCGGUGUUUUAGUUGCUGUUUCUCAAAAAUAUGCCAGCACUGUUGUACAAACGGUGAAUGGUCGUUGCCUCGAACAAGUGUGUGUAUGUGCUACCGUGCGGGACCGAAAGAUAUUUCUGUGCGGUGUGUAUAUCCCUCCCGAUAAAAGCCAGCAAGUUGGUGUGAUCGAUGAGCACAUUUCUACUGUUUCGGAGCUGUGCAGCAAAAGUUCCGCAAGUGAUAUUGUUUUUGUGUGCGGUGAUUUCUACCAGCCACGGAUAACGUGGGGUCAUGGAUCAGACGAAACACAAUCUCCUUCCUCUCUUCUACCCGCUGCCAGUACGACACUGAUAGAUGUUCCAACAACAACAAUGGCCGACUAUUUCGAGGAGCUCGGCUGUGAACCGAUCAGUACUGAGCAAACCGAACAUCAUCAGCUGAUGUUGAUGGUGCGGUUUUUGCAGCAGAACGGUUUCUUUUCCGAUGAUUUCAGCACGGAUUCGCUACCACCGCCCGCAUCCAAACAGCUGGUAGCAAACCUUCCGGAGAAGCAGAUCUUCAAAGAUGACGAACGCUGUACAAUCUGCAUCAAACCGAACGAAGAAGUGAAUGAGAUUUUUCUUGUAUUACCGUGCAAGCACAAUUUUCACAAGUCCUGCAUUAUGCCGUGGUUGGAAAAGACCAACAGCUGUCCAUUGUGCCGGUAUGAGUUGAAGACCGAUGAUGAAAGCUAUGAAGAACAGAAAAAAUUUCGCGAACGUGCUGCCCGCCGAGAGCAGGACAUCGAAGAACUACACAAUUCUAUGUAUGGUUAGCUAUCAUUAGAAUUACAUAUUCAGGAAAAUUUCGAUCGUAUUACUGCAAUAGGUUUCUUUGAUGGUGUUGGUAAAGAAUCUAUUUUGGAAUUACACAUUGAAUAUCUGUUUUA